AUGGAAGUCUUGGAAAAGCCGAGUAUCGACAAGCCGUGCUCUAAAAUUUUCCUUACGGAGAGCGAGCGCGCACCUUCGUGGAUGGACCCAUUCAUUGAUUACCUCUCCAAAGGUAUUGAACCAACAGACAGGACCAUCGCCACCAGACUCCGCAAAAGAGCAACAUUAUACACUGUCCGAGAAGGCAAGUUGUAUAGGAAAGGAAGGUCAUUCCCCCUGCUGAAGUGCAUCUCCCUCGAGGAGGGGCAGCUGUUAUCUCUACACAGCGGGGUCUGCAGCAAUCAUGCAGGGGAAAGAAACCUUGCAUUUAAGGCGCUGCGCACAGGGUACUACUGGCCCACAAUCGUGCAAGACGCAAAGCGUAUCGCUAACGCUUACGUCAAAUGCCACCAUUUUGCCAACUUCCCUCUCGCAUCGUCAGUACCACUCUCAAUUAUCAUUGCCCCUUGA